AUCUUCUGAAUUUGGCUCCUGAUUAAAGCAGACAGAUAAUGGAAACAUUUCCUUGGCGAUGUCUCUGGGGCGACUCCUUCGACGUGCCUCUUCAAAAGCUUCUGACCUCCUGACCUUGAAUCCUGGUGGUGGCAGCAGUUCAGCUUCCAUACUUGAUGGGGAGAUUAUCUACUCUAAGAACAAUGUCUGUGUCCAUCCACCUGAGCUGCUACAAGGCAUCGGGGAGCAUCAUCCAGGCUAUUUGUGCUUGUACAUGGAGAAAGAUGAGCUUCUCGGAACCACGCUUAUCCUUGCCUGGGUGCCAAACUCCCGCAUUCAGAGGCAGGAUGAAGAAGCCCUGCGCUACAUCACUCCUGAGAGCUCCCCGGUCCGUAAAGCUCCCCGCAAACGUGGCCGCCACACUCAGGGCUUUGGCAUUGUCCAGCAGGCUUCCCCCACCGAGCAGAGAGGGGCAGUGAUCCUGAAAGGAGAAGACAUCUUGACUGUGUCACAGCUUGUGAAAGACGUGGCUUACAUCAGCUCCCCCUCUUCAGAAGGGGAGAAGUUCUCCCAGUGCUGCCUGGCGGCAGACGGCACCCGCCGGUCCCCCCAGCCUGCCCGCAGCGACUCAGGAAUCCUAUCGACAAUCAGUUCUCAGGAGGAGCAGAACAGGUCGGAGCUGUUGGUGGAGGAAGGCCUGGACUGCAGGCCAGAGCCGGGGGAGGACGAGGGCUCCUUGGAGCUGUCUGCUGAUGAUGUGAGCAGGGACAGUACUUUUGACUCUGAUUCUGAUGCCUUCUCUUCCCCAUUCUGCCUCUCUCCCAUUAGUGAAGCCCUUGGGAAAAGCAGUAGUUCUGUGUUUCUGGAUAAUGAAAGCAGGGACACGUGUGACAAUCGCAUGACCUGCUCCACCAGCUCUGCCUCCAGCCUCGACACCAGUGCCCAGUUCCAGGAGAAUAAUGGGCCAACGCAGGGCACCAGAUGGGACGAACAGCAGAAAGUAUUUGCCCUCGAGCAGGUCUGCGGUGUCUUUAGAGUGGACCUGGGACAAAUGAGAUCGCUUCGCCUCUUCUUUAGCGAUGAGGCGUGCACCUGUGGACAACUGGUUGUUGCAAGCAGGGAGAGCCAGUACAAGAUCUUCCAUUUUCACCAUGGUGGCCUGGAUAAACUGUCCGAGGUGUUUCAGCAAUGGAAGUACUGCACAGAGACCCAUCUCAAGGACCAGCAGCUCACUGAUGAGAAAACGUGUAUGCAGUUCUCCAUCCGCCGUCCCAAACUGCCCUCCUCAGAAACCCACCCGGAGGAGAACACGUACAAGCGUCUUGAUGUGUCUGCCUGGCUCCAUCACCUGAAUGAAGCCGGGCAGGUGGAGGAGGAGUACAAGCUGCAGAAGGCCAUUUUCUUUGGUGGGAUUGAUAUUUCCAUCCGUGGGGAGGUGUGGCCCUUCCUGCUGCACUACUACAGCUACGAGUCCACCUCUGAAGAGAGGGAGGCGCUGAGGCUGCGGAAGAGGAAAGAGUACUUUGAGAUCCAGGAGAAAAGGCUUUCAAUGACUCCAGAUGAACAGAAGGAUUUUUGGCGUAAAGUACAGUUCACGGUAGAUAAAGACGUCGUGAGGACUGACCGCAGCAACCAGUUCUUUCGAGGGGAGGACAACCCAAACGUGGAAACUAUGAGGAGGAUUUUGCUGAACUAUGCAGUAUUUAACCCAACGAUUGGAUACUCCCAGGGGAUGUCCGACCUGGUUGCCCCGCUCCUGGCGGAGGUCCUAGAUGAGUCAGAUACUUUCUGGUGCUUUGUAGGAUUGAUGCAGAACACAAUCUUCAUCAGCUCACCCCGGGAUGAGGAUAUGGAGAAACAACUGAUGUACCUGCGAGAGCUGCUGCGGCUCAUGCACCCACGCUUCUACCAGCACCUUUCUUCCUUGGGAGAGGAUGGCCUGCAGAUGCUUUUCUGUCACCGUUGGAUCCUCCUCUGUUUCAAACGUGAAUUUCCAGAUGCUGAGGCUUUGCGCAUGUGGGAAGCGUGCUGGGCUCACUAUCAGACAGACUAUUUCCACCUCUUUAUCUGUGUGGCCAUCGUGGUGAUUUAUGGGGAUGAUGUCAUCGAACAACAGCUGGCCACUGACCAGAUGCUGCUGCAUUUUGGCAACUUGGCUAUGCACAUGAACGGAGAACUUGUACUCAGGAAGGCGAGGAGUCUGCUCUAUCAGUUCCACCUGCUGCCCCGCAUCCCCUGCAGCCUGCAUGACCUCUGCAAGCUGUGUGGGACAGGAAUGUGGGACAGUGGCUUCAUCCCCGCUGUGGAGUGCUCUGGCCAUCACCCAGAGUCCGAGAGCUGCCCGUACGGGGGACUGGCGGAAGUGUCUUCUCCUAAACCAGGAAGCGAAGGCAAGAGAGGCUUGAAAACACGGGACGUCUUUGCUUUCCGAAAAUAGCUGUAGAGGAACAGGGUGUGACGGCGGAAGAGGGAAGGGCAGGAAGGAUGUGCAUAGGAAAAAUGUUGAAGACAAAAAUGGAGGG